AUGCUCCUAUCAUUGUUAAUAGAAAGACGACCAAGAGGUCGGAGAAGAGGUAGAAAAUGUGGCCGAGGCCAUAAAGGAGAACGGCAGAGGGGAACCCGGCCCCGACUGGGCUUCGAGGGAGGCCAGACCCCGUUUUACAUCCGAAUCCCCAAAUAUGGGUUUAAUGAAGGACAUAGCUUCAGACGUCAAUAUCAGCCUUUGAGCCUCAACAGACUGCAGUAUCUUAUUGAUCUGGGUCGAGUUGAUCCUACUCAGCCUAUUGACUUAACCCAGCUUGUCAAUGGAAGAGGUGUGACCAUUCAACCAUUUAAAAGGGAUUAUGGUGUCCAGCUGGUAGAGGAGGGUGCUGACAUCUUUAAGGCAAAAAUUAAUAUUGAAGUACAGUUGGCUUCAGAACUAGCCAUUGCUGCAAUUGAAAAAAAUGGUGGUGUUGUUACUACAGCCUUCUAUGAUCCAAGAAGUCUAGACAUUCUAUGCAAACCUGUUCCAUUCUUUCUGCGGGGACAACCCAUCCCAAAAAGAAUGCUUCCACCCGAAGCCUUGGUCCCGUAUUACACCGAUGCAAAAAAUCGUGGUUACCUGGCGGAUCCUGCCAAAUUUCCUGAAGCAAGACUGGAACUUGCCAAGAAGUAUGGUUAUAUUUUACCUGAUAUCACUAAAGAUGAACUCUUCAAAAUGCUUAGUACUCGAAAGGAUCCAAGGCAGAUUUUCUUUGGUCUUGCUCCUGGAUGGGUGGUGAAUAUGGCAGAUAAGAAAAUUCUAAAACCUACAGAUGAGAAUCUGCUCAAGUAUUAUAGCUCAUGAAUUCCCUUCCAAGAAAGCAGAGUUGUAAGAGAGUACUGGAAAGGGGAAUGAAACAUACGUAUUUCUCCUUGCAUUUUCUUAAUUUGUGAUUCUCCAGAUGCCCUUUUUUUUAAUUGUUUUUGGCGUGAUCAUACCUUUUUUUUUUAAAUCUAAACUUAAAAUGUCCUAAACAAGGACUGCAAAGAGGAACUGAAAUGGCAUGGGUUCUGUCUCAAAGAUACAAACACCAUGGUGGUUUGCCAAAGGAAGAUUAUAACAUUUAGAAUAUUUCUAGAUUUUUUUUCAUGAUCUUUUCAUCUAGGUCUUACCUUAUUAUUAUUGUAAAUCAGAAUGAACUUGCAAGUGGGAUGGAAUUGAUUUGCAGACCUGCUCAGUCACAGUUAGAAUUAGUGAGCUGGUGCCCCCUCUUAAUCAGUAGCCCCGAAGAAGCCCUGCUACCCAGGGUUAAAAUGGUAAGCCUCCAACUCAAGGAGAUUACGGUAUGGGAUGUGAGUUUAAGAUUUAAGACUGGUGAAUGGCUUCUAAGUAGUAUGAUAUUUGCUAUCAAAAUUGAAAUAAAAAUUCCAAGUGAAUUUUCUUAAGUGAUGCAUAGACAAUUCAGGAAUAAGUUACUAAUGUUUUUUUUUCUUGAAGAAAGUAAGUGUUCUAAUUCUUAUUAAUAUGCAUUUACUUAUUUCAUAAAUAUUGGAGAUCUUUGUCUUUCAGUCAUUUUAAAUGAUGUCAAAAAAUUGUUCAGUGAGAAUAAAAGCCAUAAAAACAAUUGGUAAUGUGAAAAUUAAGCACAGUUAAUUAAUGUGAAAGAUUCAGCAGUCAGUAAGCUUAUUUAGGUUUUCAAAGAUACGCUAUAUCUACCACAGUAGAAGUGAAAUGAUUCCCAGCUGUAUAUUUUCUUAAAAUAAAAAAUUUAAAAAUCU